GCCCAUACUGUGCUUGAAAUGAACUACACUGAGCAGCGACUUACUGCAGCCGUUGUAUCUGAAGGCUUACGGCCCGUUCUAGCUGAUCUUCGAUCCGGUGCUUCAGCUUGUUUACUCUCUUUGAUAGAAAGAUGUUGGGAUAAAGAUCCGCAAAAUAGGCCUUCUUUUGAUGAUAUUGUCGUGGAGCUUGGUUCCAUUCUGGCAGAUGAAAUUGGAAGGAGCCGUACAGAAAUGGUGUCAGCGGAUUCUUUUAUUUCUUCAAAUGGUUCUGAUGGUGCAAAUAUCCAAAGCUAUCAGGAGAAUAUUAGCUGGUUCGGUCAGGGUAAAGAAUUUUCGAAAAGGGUCCCUAUUGCCCUUGCUGCUAGCGCAUGGCUGGAUCAUUCAGAAGAUCAUGUAUAUAGUCCAGUUCUAUCUUGGGGUUCCUUUGCAUCAUGUGGAAGAAGGGAAACGAUGGAAGAUAGACACUUCCUUAUGCCUCAAGUGUGUGAUGAAAAGGAUAUUCACGUCUUUGCAAUCUUUGAUGGUCAUCGAGGUAGGAUAUACAGUACUUUUCUGUGUUAG